UUGACCCGUCAUCUCUAUAAUAUAUAUUUCGGGUCAAUUGAACUGCAGUUCGUCUUCUCAGUGGUCGAGAAAUUAAAAAGAAACAAUUUUUACAGACACAGUUUCAUCGGCGGAAGCAAAAUAAACAGCACAAUUACCUAAUCAAGAGGAAAAACCAGAAGAAGAAGAACUCAAUUGGUGUAGAAGACGGUAUAUAGAUUCGUUUGGGAGGAAUUUAUUCAAACGGCAUGGUCCCGAAACAGCUAAUCGUCGCCGUCGAGGGCACGGCGGCCAUCGGGCCUUUCUGGCAAACAAUCGUCUCCGAUUACCUCGACAAAAUCAUACGAUCCUUUUGUGGAAACGAGCCGACGGGUCAGAAGCCGGCUACUACCCAUUUUGAGCUCUCCCUAGUCAUGUUCAAUGCUCACGGUUCUUACAGUGCUUGUCUUGUGCAACGGAGUGGUUGGACAAAAGACAUGGAUAUAUUCUUUCAAUGGCUUUCGGCUAUCCCCUUUGCCGGUGGUGGUUUUAACGACGCUGCGAUCGCCGAAGGGCUAUCAGAAGCUUUAAUGAUGUUUUCUUCCCCAAAGGGCAACCAAAAUCAAAAUGUGGAAGGACAAAGACACUGCAUUCUUAUUGCUGCAAGCAACCCUUAUCCAUUACCCACACCAGUAUUUCGACCACAAAUCCAAAAUCCAGAAAAGAACGACGGUGUUGAAUCGCAACCAGAUAAUCGUCUGUCUGAUGCAGAGACAUUAGCAAAAUCUUUUGCUCAGUGUGCUGUUUCUCUAUCCGUUAUUUGUCCGAAGCAACUUCCAAAACUCAGAGGAAUCUUUAAUGCGGGAAAACGCAAUCCAAGAGCUCCAGAUCCGCCUGUAGACAAUAAUAAGAAUCCUCAUUUCCUUGUUCUCAUCUCGGAGAAUUUUAUGGAGGCUCGUUCUUGUUUAAGUAGGUCUGGAAUUACAAGUCUGCCACCAAAUCAAAUCCCCGUCAAGAUGGAUGUCACACCUGCUCCUCCUCCCAUUUCUGGGCCACCUCCAGUUUCUAUCCCGGCAGUCAAUGGAUCUCUCUUGGCGCGGCAACCAGUACCUGCUGCAAACAUCCCUCCUGCAAUUGUAAAAUUGGAGCCUCCCACCAUUGCACCCUCCAUGACGGGGCCCACAUUUCCACACAUCUCAUCUAUUCCUCGAGCCGUUCCACAAACCGUUCCAACCAUGCAAACUUCUUCUCCUAUAUCAACUCCUCAGGAAGUUAUCCCGAUCAACGAGAACAUUCCGGAAGUGAAACCGUUGGUUGCCAGCUCAGCACCCCCGAUACGUCCAGCUGGCGGCGCCGCGGCGAAUGUGAGAAUUUUGAACGAUAUGGCUCAAGCCCGCCAAGCUCUAGCCGCAGCAGCCGCCGGAGGAGGAGGAGGAGCUUCCAUUGGGAUCCCUUCUAUGGGCGGCGGCACCACCAUGCUCUCGAAUAUGAUAUCCAGCGGAAUGAUGACAUCAUCCUCCAUGUCGUCGGGCCCGUCUAUCGUCACCUCAAUUUCUGGGCCGUUGCCGAUGUCAGCGAAUGGACAGGUGGCGCAGAACAAUUCUGGAAAUUCUGGCAUUGCCAUGUCAUCGCAGCCAUUGAGUGGCCUACAAGGGAACGUGGGUCCCGGCCAGACGGGGAAUAUUCCGGUGGUCCCGCAGAUGGUGCAGACGGGGAUGGGUAUGAAUGCUAAUAUGAUGAGUGGCGGUGGUGGUGCUUCGGGAAUGUCUCAGCAGGGACAACCUCCUGGUGGUAUGAAUAGCAAUAAUGUUGUGAAUACUUUGAAUCAGCAAACAUCGGCUACAAUGCAGUCGGCGCAGUCGAAAUACGUUAAAGUCUGGGAGGGGAAUUUAUCGGGACAGAGACAAGGCCAGCCUGUUUUCAUCACCAGACUGGAGGGGUACAGGAGUGCCUCAGCUUCCGAGACGCUUGCUGCAAACUGGCCAUCAACAAUGCAAAUAGUUCGCUUAAUAUCCCAAGAUCACAUGAAUAACAAGCAAUAUGUCGGCAAGGCCGAUUUUCUCGUUUUUCGGGCAAUGAAUCAGCACGGCUUUCUUGGACAGCUCCAAGAAAAGAAGCUUUGUGCAGUUAUACAGUUACCGUCACAGACAUUGCUCCUCUCGGUUUCAGACAAGGCCCAUCGUUUGAUCGGAAUGCUUUUCCCCGGGGAUAUGGUUGUAUUUAAGCCACAAAUACCUAAUAAUAAUAACAAUAAUAAUAAUAAUCAGCAGCAGCAGCAGCAAAUGCAAGUGCAAUUACAGCAGCAGCAAAUGCAAGUGCAAUUGCAACAGCAGCAAAUACAACAACAGCAACAACCAAUAAUGCAGAUUCAGCAGCAGCAGCAGCAGCAGCAGCAACAACAACAACAACAACAGCAACAAAUGCCUCAAAUGCAACAGCAACAAAAUCAGCAACAAAUGCAACAGCAACAAAAUCAGCAACAAAUGAAUCAAGCUUAUAUGAGUCAAGGUGGUGGCCAGAGGUCUCAAAUUAUGUCUCAAGGAGGACAAGCUUCGUCGCAAGGACCACCUCCGACUAUGCCUGGAGGACCCUUUAUUAAUUAAUUAAUUAAUUAAUUAAAGCUACUUUUUUUUGGCUAUUUAUUUAUUAUUACUCUAUUUUUAGUGAGGGAAAUUAAAUAUGUUUUGAUGUAUUAUUCUCUUCUUUUAUGAUUGCCACCGUCUAUAAUUUAAAUAGAAUUUGAGGGGCUAAAAAUGAUUUGACUUGUGGAUGUCAAAUUUUCAACAAGCAUCUUGACUAGGGGUAUUUACGACUUUAUGCAAAGAAUUUUCGACAAGCAUCUUGACUAGGGGCAUUUACGACUUUAUACAUAGACGUGCAAUUCUUUUGUAAUAACUUAUGAAAACAUGUUUUGCCUCUUGAUAAAGCUAUACAUGCAUGUUUUUUCU